CCAGGUACUCCCAUUCGAUUAAGCAAACUAAAGCUGCGAAAUGAAUUCCUUCCUAUUGGUAUCUCCUCAUAUGCUAUAGUCUUUGUGGACGAUAAGCUUGCCGGUAAUGCUUUGGCAUGCCGGUGGCCUGUUGGUGGCCAGGCCAUGUACUGAAUUACGCUGUUAGUCGUUCAUCGCAAUUUUCGUCAACGGGGCCUUGCUCGUGGCCGACUUGAUCAAAUCAGCAGUGACGGAAGUGAUGUUUACGGCAUCAUGAGCUCUCAUCGAGCUGCUUGUCUGGCUGCUGCAAGAGCACUUGCACGUGAGUUUAGCACGUUUGAUAUUCUUAAAGGCAUCAUUUUUGAUGCCGAAGAUGCUACCGGUCGCGUUUGCUGCGGGGACUCUGCGUUCUUCGUUGAUCACGGUGAGCCGCUUGAGGUUUUGGCGCAGGUGCGAGAUACCAAAAAGUGGCCGCUGGCUGAACUGUUUGAUGGCGACGAAUUGCUUUUCGGAGCUACACUUCCUUACCACUCGUGGCCUGACCGAACGCGCUAGAAGACCAAAUCUGAAGCCAAUAAUAUCUGAGAUAACUACACUCUGUUACAAAAAUAUUAUCUAGAAUUGCGAGGGCACCUAUACCAUUUCAAAGUACAGGGUAAAUUGAGCUAACUAAAUUGCUAAGAAAUGUGGUUCAUGACAGUGUUCGCAUUAGAUGUAGUCUACUCAUGUCGAAGCUGUCUAUCGUCAAAAGUAGUGGCGCUGAGGUUGCUUUGCAUGGAAUGGCAGCUGAACGAAUGAAGCCAAGUGA